GCCAAUCUAGAAAUAUUGUGUUAAAGGGGCUGUCGAACGUCGCCGAAUCACCUUUUGCGAUCUUCUUUUGGUAUAAGAUCCAAUAGAACGUAAAUCGCCUAAGCCUGGGAUCUUCUUUUCUUCCUUUUUAGGUAUGUGACUAGUCUACUCAUGCGAUCAAUCAUAUUAUGAUGAUUUGCAAUAGGGGCGUUCAAUGGCAUUACACUUCCAAUUCAAUUAUAUCCUGGCAAGUUUUGAUUGAAAGGUAAAUGAGAAUAACUACGUGGUUAACGAGGUAUAGGCAAGUAUUUAUAGGCCAAUUCGGUAUCUAGUUGAUGUGAUUGGCUCUGAGAGCCGCCUAGGAUGCAUGGCAUGAGACACCCAAGCAGCCCAGAUAGAUAGUAGGCAGGCUGGCUAGGCCCGGGGACUCACGAUCACAACACAGCUUUUCCACUUUCCAGUUCAAUGAGGUUGGAAACCACGACCUCCUCUCAGAAUGUAUACUUCGUGUAUGCUUUGCUAGUAAUGAGCAGCACGCCACAUCAGCCGCAACAGUUUGCGGAGAGCGUGCCACCAAGUGCACCUCAUAAAAUCACCAGGUACCUGAAACGUUUGCUCAAUUCGUGUGUCAAACAGCAUGUCGAUAAAGACAAAGAAGGUGGCAUCAGGGGCCGCCUAGGGCUCACACUCUUGCACUCAUCCCCUGAGCCAUUGGUUGAUCUUAUAUUCGUACAUGGUUUACGCGGGGGGUCUGUCAAGACUUGGCGGAAAGGCAACAACCCUCAUAUGUUCUGGCCGCAACGAUGGCUACCCAUCGAACCUGGAUUACAGAAUAUCAACUUUCAUACUUUCGGCUACGAUUCCGACUGGGCUAGUAGGAAGUCAAGCAUAAUACUCAACGUCCACGACUUUGGCCAGGCGCUUCUGGAGGAGAUGAGAAACUCGCCAUGUUUAAGAGAAAAUUAUGAAAGACCUAUAGUACUACUCGCACACUCUAUGGGAGGACUUGUGGUCAAAAAGACAUUCAUUUUGGCGCAAAAUAUACCCAAGUUCAAAGAUCGUAUAAAAUGCAUUUUCUUCCUCGCCACCCCUCAUAGAGGUUCGGACUCAGACUACAUUGCAACUCUCAAAAGUAUUCUGAGAGAAUCUGGAACUUCGCGACGGUAUAUCGCUGACCUCACUACCGGAUCGACUUCCACCCAGUUGAUCAACGCCGAGUUCACGAAGUACGCAAAUGACGUGCAAGUCUUUUCCUUCUACGAAACAUUACGAGUGAAAGUGGGAUUUUGCUCUAAACUGAUCGUGGAUAAGGCCUCUGCUAUACUCGGGCCUGACUUCCCAAACGAACGAGUUCAGUACAUAAAUGCAAACCAUCGAAAUAUAUGUAAAUUCGACAGCAUCGAUGAUUCAAACUAUAUCACCUUGAAGAAUGCCCUUGUGGGUGCAAUAGAUGAUAUUUUGAUUGACUUUCCCGUAAACAUAGGCGAGAAAUCAAACGCGAAAACGAAGGCUUCGAAACUAUAUCCAGAAAUGCCAGACCAACCUGAGGAACAGUUUUCGGCAGUCGAUGGCUUGUCGAAAUGGCUUGGUGUUAGACAUGACCUCCAGCGUUGGCGGGGCCCCUUUUUAUGUCCCUCGGGCUCUGCCAUUCACCACAAACGACUAGGCGGCCUGGAAGUCGCAGGGCCUGAAAUUUUAUCCUGGGACGAUUACGUCCCAUCCGUUGAUUUGAACGAUGAGAGUAUACCUGCAGCUGUGUCCUGUGGGGAAAACCUGAGCGCCGUAGCCAUGGAGUCUGGCAAUAUCAAGAGUCUCAACAUCGACCAUGGACGAAGCAUAGUAAAUGAAACGGACUCUACUAUGCGAAUUUGGUCACCCGUAGCUAUUGUCCCAGAGAACAGCAAAGAAGGCCAAAGUCUCCCCGAGGAUGCUGUUCAACUGGCCAUUGUCGAGGGCCAGUACGCAUCUAAAAGGUCAUCACGACCCUUUGCCAGUGCGCCAUUUCUUGGCAUCAAACGAGUAGCCACUGUCUAGCCUCUGACUGAUAACUAUUAUAGGCGAUGAUAUAGCUUUAUGUUGGCACACUGGGCCGGUUGUUACCUAUGAUGAAUAAUCUUA